AUGCUAGCUACCAUUCAGGCAUUACUAAAGCGGACAAAAGAGAAAGUGGUCAAGGAACAGGUAAACAAGACUGAGAAGGUUGACAUGGUGAUGCCUCAAACAUUGCCACUCAAGCUAAAAGACCCAGUUAAGUUAACUAUUUCUUGUAAUAUUGGUAGAGUGAAGAUCCCACAUGAUCUAUGUGAUUUAGGAUCUAGUAUAAAUGUCAUGCCGCUAAAAAAGGUCAAAGAAUUCAAAGUGGGUGAGAUCACACCGAGUAACAUGACUCCCACUUUAGCUGAUUCAUCUGUUACUCAACCACUUGGUAUCUUACGAGACAUGUUAGUACAUGUCAAUGGAUUAGUGUUUCCUAUAGAUUUUGUAGUGCUUGAUACAAAAGGAGAUUCAUGA